UCCCUCGCUCUCUCUCAUCGCCCUCCACACCAGGAUGCCCCCCAACAAAGACCGCUGAAUUCAGGCAGUGUGUGUCCCCGGAGCCCCUCCUGUCGGCGUUUGGCCCCUGGUCAGUGAGCGUCUGUGCUUCAGGAUCUCUCUGUGUGUGUAAGCGCCCGGCUCUGUGAUGCUCCAGUGUGUGUGAACGCUGUGAUCUGCUCUUCUUCUGCCAUGUGUGAGUGUCUGCGAGGGAUCUUCCGGGUCAGCUGGACACCCUCUUCAGAUGCAGACUCUGACAGAGAGGACAGUCAUGGGAAUCCAGAAGCCAGAGUUUCACCUAUAAACAACAAAAGACGGUCUCCCCCCUCAGACAAGCCUCCCUUUGGUCCUCAUCCAAGUACACACCACAGCAUUUCCACUGACGAACAGGACAGCCCAGAACGGAUUGUUCAGAAGGAAAAACUCCAUGCAGAACUAAAACAAGUUUUGAGUCAGAAGAGAAACCAGCUUAGAGACACCCAAUCCACUUCCACAGACAUGGAUGAACCAUCCAGGACAGACAGUAAAAACGAGGCAGAGAAGGAUAUGCAGUUGUCCGAGCUUGUGGAAGUGGUUGUUGAAACCGAGGCUGAAGUUGGAGCCAGUGGUUACAGUGUGGUUGGUGGAGGGGAGCGAGGCAUCUUCAUCAAAGAUGUCUUAAAAGACUCCCCAGCAGCGAAGCACCUCAGCCUACAGAAAGGAGAUCAACUUCUAAGUGCCAGGGUGUAUUUUGAUAACGUGAAAUAUGAGGACGCAUUAAAAAUUCUUCAGUGUGCAGAACCCUACAAAGUGUCCUUCUUUUUGAAGAGGACUGUGCCAGAAAGUGAAGUCAGCAUACGUCCAGGUGCACAAACUCUUGAUCUCAGAGGACCUAAGGCCAAGAUGCAAAGAAUGAGCGUCAAAAGUGUGAAACCAUUCAAAACCAAGAAAAGGAGAGGAGGAAGAUUUGGAUUGAAAAGACUGAAAGAGAAUAAAAAAGCAAGAGAACGGGCAGAGCUGGACAUUGAGGGCUUACAUGGUAGAUCAGACCUCAGUCCUGUUGAUGUUGAGUUUGUUUUCCCAAAGUUCAAAUUGAGGAAAGGUGGGAAAUCCACUGCAGGUGAAUCCGGACAUCUGGAAGGCAUGAUCACUGGUGGCAAGAAGAAGAGGAAGAUCCGAUUUCCAAAAUUGAAAGGCACAGAUGCUGCUGUCAGUGAAGGGAAUGUUAAUGUAGAUGUUUCAACACAUGAGAAAGAGGGCUCUGGGGCAAAGCUGAAGGGCAGGGCAAAGGGUGCAAAAUUUGGAAUGAAUUUCCCCAGAUUGAAAAAAUCUAAAUUAGAUGUAAAAUCUUCAAAUGAUAAUGUUGAGGUGAAAGAACAAGAGGCCAAAUUAAAACCUCCCUCAGUAGACUGUGAUUUCAACAUAACUCAGGGCAAAGCUGAAGCUAAUGCUCCUAAUCUUGAGGUUGGUGGGAAAGGAAAAGGAGAGGGUCCUGAGAUAAAGAUGACAAAGAUUAAUCUGGAUGUCUCAGAUCCAAAGAUGACAAUCCCAACAUUCAAACUGCCAAAGGUAAGACUUUCUUGUCAUUCAGAUGAAAUUGAUGGAGAGGCAAGUAAACAAAUUGGCACAACUGAAAGUAAACCUAAAAUGACAAAUAUUGACAUCAAAACACCAACAGUAGAUAUGGACGUGAAUAUCCCAAAGUUUAAAAUGGAAGAUGUUGAAGGAACAAAAAUCAACACACACAAAUUUGACCCAUCAUUACCAAAGCUAAACCUUGAUGCAAAGCAAAUAUUUGGAGAUGAGAUUGAUGGAUCCAUGGUCAAAAAGCAUGAGAUUUCUCUUCCCAAACUUGACAUUGAAGUCCCCGAGAUAAACACAUCAGAUGUGGACAUAGUUCUUCCUAGAUUAGACGUGAGUGCAAAGAGCAUUGAUUCUGGGGGGCGUGUAAGUACAGGGGCAAGUUUUAAAAUGACAAAAUUAGACAUCUCUCUUCCAAAAGUAAAAUCUCCUGAGGGUGAGGUCACACUUGAAGGCCCUGGAGCAAAAGGUGGAAAAUUUCACAAGCCAAAUAUCAGUAUUUCAUUACCAAAAGAGAGAACAGCAGAAGCAAAUAUAGGUCAUUCUGAGAAAAAAGCAAAUGUAAAAAUGCCCCAAAUAGAUAUUUCCCACCCCGAAAUUUAUUUACCACAAGGGCAAAUUGAUAUUGAAGGGCCUAAAGGUGAAGCAAAGGUUGAUAUUUCGAAUGAAAUGACAGAGAGGGGUGCAGAUAUUAAGGGUCACUUUGAUAAAGGGGGAAAGUUUAAAAUGCCCGCAAUAGAUGUGUCCCUACCUAAUGUGAAAUUACCUGAGCAUACCAUUGCUGAGGGGCCAGCAAUAAAAGAAGGAAAAUUUAAUAUGCCAUCAUAUGACACAGAAGGAAAUGUUGAGGUUGGAGAUCUGUCUGCAAAAGGGGGCAAAUUCAAGAUGCCACAUCUAGAUGUUUCACUUCCAAAGAUGAAUUUAUCGACAGGUGAAAUAAAAAUUGAGGAUUCGGGGGUCAAAGGUGAGAAAAAAUCUUUACCAAAAGGAAAAGUAGAGGCUGGUGUUGAGGUUCAAGGUUAUUCUGGAAAAGCAGAGAUGCCUCAAAUUGAUGUUAAAGUGUCACUGCCAGAGGGUAAGGAUAUUAAUGUUAAAACCUCUGGUAAACGUGAAAAGGCUGAAAUGCCAAAGGUUGAUAUAUCUCUCCCUGCGGUGAAUUCUCCUGGUGUUGAGAUUUUCUUGCCAAAAAUGUCACCAGAAAGUGACAUCAGUAUUGAAGUGCCCGAUAGUCAUAUCAAAAAAGGAGGAAAGUUUCAAAUGCCCAAAAUAGACCUUGCAUUCCCAAAGAUUAAAUCAAGACCCGUGGAAGUAAAUUUGGAAGGACCUGAGGUAAAAGGAGGUAAAGUUUACAAACCUUCCAUAGACAUUUCUUUGCCUAAAGAUAAAACCAAGACACACUUUGAAACAGAAGGAAAUUCUAAAAGUGGUAUGAAACUUAAAAUGCCAAAAAUGGAUAAUUCACUACCAAGAGCAAAAGCUCCUGAAGGUGAAAUGAAAGUUGAAGCAAAAGAAGAAACAAUUGAUAUUAAGAGUGGAAAGUUUCACAUGCCCUCUACAUACAUCACUCUGCCAGAAGCAGGAACUGGAGGUCAUCUAGAUGUUGAAGGACAUGGAAAAAAAGGUGGGAAAUUUGAAAUUCCUAAAAAUGAUGUUUCCUUGCCUAAAUUAAAACCAUCAGAGGCUGAAGUCAUAGUUGAAUGUCCCGAUAUUCAGGGUGGAAAGGUUCACAUGCCUUCUAUAGACAUCACUCUACCAGUUGGAGGAGUAGGAAGUGAUCUAGAUGUCAAAGGAAACAAAAGUAAAGGAAGAAGGUUUGAAAUGCCCAAAUUUGAUGUUUCCUUGCCUAAACUAAAAACAUUAGGGGCUGAAAUCCAUGUUGAAGGUCCUGAUCUCAAAGGUGGAAAGUUUCACAUGCCCUCUGUGGAUAUCUCUCCAUCAAAAGGAGGGGCAGGAGCUGAUGUAGAUGUUAAAGGACGUGGAGGAAAAGGAGGACAAUUUGAAAUGCCCAAAUUUGAUGUUUCAUUGCCCAAAUUAAAACCAUCUGAGGCUGAAGUUAACAUUGAAGGUCCCGAUAUCAAAAGUGGAAAGUUUCACAUGCCCUCUCUAGAUAUCUCUCCACAAAGAGAGGGAGCAGAAGGUGAUGUAGAUGUUAAAGCUCAUGGAAGAAAAGGAGGAAAAUUGGAAAUGCCAAAAUUGGACGUUUCCCUGCCUAAAUUUAAAGCUUUUGGAGCAGAAAUCAACACUGAAGAUCCCAAUAUCAAAGGUGAAAAGCUUCACAUGCCCUCUUUAGAUAUCUCUCUACCAGGAGGUGAUGUAGAUGUUGAAGAGUAUGGAGGAAAAGGAGGAAAUUUUGAAAUGCCAAAGUUGGAUGUUUCCUUGCCUAAGUUUAAACCAUCUGGGGCUAAAAUUAAUGUUGAAGGUCCCGAUAUCAAAGGUGGAAAGUUUAACAUGCCCUCUGUAGAUAUCUCUCUACCAGGAGGUAAAGCUGGAGGUAAUGUAGAUGUCAAAGCUCAUGGAGGACAAGGAGAAAAAUUUGAAAUGCCAAAAUUGGAUGUCUCCUUGCCCAAAUUAAAAACAUCAGGAGGUGAAAUCAACAUUGAAGGUCCCGAUAUCAAAGGUGAAAAGUUUCACAUGCCCUCUGUAGAUAUCUCUCUACCAGGGGGUAGAGCAGAAGGUGAUGUAGUUGUCGAAACUCAUGGAGGACAAGGAGGAAAAUUUGAAAUGCCAAAAUUGGAUAUUUCCUUGCCCAAAUUUAAACCAUCUGGAGCUAAAGUCAAUGUUGAAGGUCCCGAUUUCAAAGGUGGCAAGUUUCACAUGCCCUCUCUAGAUAUCUCUUUACCAAGAGGUGGAGCAGAAAGUGAUGUAGAUGUUGCUGGACAUGGAGGAAAAGGAGGAAAAUUUGAAAUUCCAAAAUUGGAUGUCUCCUUGCCCAAAUUAAAACCAUCAGGAGGUGAAAUCAACAUUGAAGGUCCCGAUAUCAAAGGUGGAAAGUUUCACAUGCCCUCUGUAGAUAUCUCUCUACCAAGAGGUGGAGCAGAAGGUGAUGUAGAUGUUGAAGGACAUGGUGGAAAAUUUGAAAUGCCCAAAUUUGAUAUUUCCAUGCCUAAAUUUAAACCAUCUGGGGCUGACGUCAAUGUUGAAGGUCCCGAUAUCAAAGGUGGCAAGUUUCACAUGCCCUCUUUAGAUAUCUCUCUACCUGGAGGUAAAGCUGAAGAAGGUGUAGAUGUCAAAGCUCAUGGAGGAAAAGGAGGAAAAUUUGAAAUGCCAAAUUUGGACGUUUCCUUGCCCAAAUUUAAACCAUCUGGAGCUAAAGUCAAUGUUGAAGGUCCCGAUAUCAAAGGUGGAAAGUUUCACAUGCCCUCUGUAGAUAUCUCUUUACCAAGAGGUGGAGCAGAAGGUGAUGUAGAUGUUGAAGGACAUGGAGGAAAAGGAGGAAAAUUUGAAAUGCCCAAACUUGAUGUUUCCAUGCCUAAAUUUAAACCAUCUGGGGCUGACGUCAAUGUUAAAGGUCCCGAUAUCAAAGGUGGAAAGUUUCACAUGCCCUCUGUAGAUAUCUCUCUACCAGGAGGUAGAGCUGAAGGUGAUGUAGAUGUCAAAGGACAUGGAGGAAAAGGAGGAAAAUUUGAAAUGCCCAAAUUGGAUGUCUCCUUGCCCAAAUUAAAACCAUCAGGAGGUGAAAUUAACAUUGAAGGUCCCGAUAUCAAAGGUGGAAAGUUUCACAUGCCCUCUUUAGAUAUCUCUCUACCUGGAGGUAAAGCUGAAGGAGGUGUAGAUGUCAAAGCUCAUGGAGGAAAAGGAGGAAAAUUUGAAAUGCCCAAAUUGGACGUUUCCUUGCCCAAAUUAAAAACAUCUGGAGGUGAAAUCAACAUUGAAGGUCCCGAUAUCAAAGGUGAAAAGUUUCACAUGCCCUCUGUAGAUAUCUCUCUACCAGGGGGUAGAGCAGAAGGAGAUGUAGUUGUCGAAACUCAUGGAGGACAAGGAGGAAAAUUUGAAAUGCCAAAAUUGGAUGUCUCCUUGCCUAAAUUAAAACCAUCAGGAGGUGAAAUCAACAUGAAAGGUCCAGACAUCGAAAGUGGAAAGUUUCACAUGCCCUCUGUAGAUAUCUCUCUACCAGGGGGUAGAGCAGAAGGUGAUGUAGGUGUCAAAGCUCAUGGAGGAAAAGGAGGAAAAUUUGAAAUGCCAAAAUUGGAUAUUUCCUUGCCCAAAUUUAAACCAUCUGGAGCUAAAGUCAAUGUUGAAGGUCCCGAUUUCAAAGGUGGCAAGUUUCACAUGCCCUCUCUAGAUAUCUCUCUACCAGGAGGUGGAGCAGAAAGUGAUGUAGAUGUUGCUGGACAUGGAGGAAAAGGAGGAAAAUUUGAAAUUCCAAAAUUGGAUGUCUCCUUGCCCAAAUUAAAACCAUCAGGAGGUGAAAUCAACAUUGAAGGUCCCGAUAUCAAAGGUGGAAAGUUUCACAUGCCCUCUGUAGAUAUCUCUCUACCAAGAGGUGGAGCAGAAGGUGAUGUAGAUGUUGAAGGACAUGGUGGAAAAUUUGAAAUGCCCAAAUUUGAUAUUUCCAUGCCUAAAUUUAAACCAUCUGGGGCUGACGUCAAUCUUGAAGGUCCCGAUAUCAAAGGUGGAAAGUUUCACAUGCCCUCUUUAGAUAUCUCUCUACCUGGAGGUAAAGCUGAAGGAGGUGUAGAUGUCAAAGCUCAUGGAGGAAAAGGAGGAAAAUUUGAAAUGCCAAAAUUGGACGUUUCCUUGCCCAAAUUUAAACCAUCUGGAGCUAAAGUCAAUGUUGAAGGUCCGGAUAUAAAAGGUGGAAAGUUUCACAUGCCCUCUCUAGAUAUCUCUUUACCAAGAGGUGGAGCAGAAGGUGAUGUAGAUGUUGAAGGACAUGGAGGAAAAGGAGGAAAAUUUGAAAUGCCCAAAUUUGAUGUUUCCAUGCCUAAAUUUAAACCGUCUGGGGCUGAUGUCAAUGUUGAAGGUCCCGAUAUCAAAGGUGGAAAGUUUCACAUGCCCUCUUUAGAUAUCUCUCUACCUGGAGGUAAAGCUGAAGGAGGUGUAGAUGUCAAAGCUCAUGGAGGAAAAGGAGGAAAAUUUGAAAUGCCCAAAUUGGACGUUUCCUUGCCCAAAUUAAAAACAUCUGGAGGUGAAAUCAACAUUGAAGGUCCCGAUAUCAAAGGUGAAAAGUUUCACAUGCCCUCUGUAGAUAUCUCUCUACCAGGGGGUAGAGCAGAAGGAGAUGUAGUUGUCGAAACUCAUGGAGGACAAGGAGGAAAAUUUGAAAUGCCAAAAUUGGAUGUCUCCUUGCCUAAAUUAAAACCAUCAGGAGGUGAAAUCAACAUGAAAGGUCCAGACAUCGAAAGUGGAAAGUUUCACAUGCCCUCUGUAGAUAUCUCUUUACCAAAAGGAGGCGCAGAAGGUGAUGUAGGUGUCAAAGCUCAUGGAGGAAAAGGAGGAAAAUUUGAAAUGCCAAAAUUGGAUAUUUCCUUGCCCAAAUUUAAACCAUCUGGAGCUAAAGUCAAUGUUGAAGGUCCCGAUUUCAAAGGUGGCAAGUUUCACAUGCCCUCUCUAGAUAUCUCUCUACCAGGAGGUGGAGCAGAAAGUGAUGUAGAUGUUGCUGGACAUGGAGGAAAAGGAGGAAAAUUUGAAAUUCCAAAAUUGGAUGUCUCCUUGCCCAAAUUAAAACCAUCAGGAGGUGAAAUCAACAUUGAAGGUCCCGAUAUCAAAGGUGGAAAGUUUCACAUGCCCUCUGUAGAUAUCUCUCUACCAAGAGGUGGAGCAGAAGGUGAUGUAGAUGUUGAAGGACAUGGUGGAAAAUUUGAAAUGCCCAAAUUUGAUAUUUCCAUGCCUAAAUUUAAACCAUCUGGGGCUGACGUCAAUCUUGAAGGUCCCGAUAUCAAAGGUGGAAAGUUUCACAUGCCCUCUUUAGAUAUCUCUCUACCUGGAGGUAAAGCUGAAGGAGGUGUAGAUGUCAAAGCUCAUGGAGGAAAAGGAGGAAAAUUUGAAAUGCCAAAAUUGGACGUUUCCUUGCCCAAAUUUAAACCAUCUGGAGCUAAAGUCAAUGUUGAAGGUCCGGAUAUAAAAGGUGGAAAGUUUCACAUGCCCUCUCUAGAUAUCUCUUUACCAAGAGGUGGAGCAGAAGGUGAUGUAGAUGUUGAAGGACAUGGAGGAAAAGGAGGAAAAUUUGAAAUGCCCAAAUUUGAUGUUUCCAUGCCUAAAUUUAAACCGUCUGGGGCUGAUGUCAAUGUUGAAGGUCCCGAUAUCAAAGGUGGAAAGUUUCACAUGCCCUCUGUAGAUAUCUCUCUACCAGGAGGUAGAGCUGAAGGUGAUGUAGAUGUCAAAGGCCAUGGAGGAAAAGGAGGAAAAUUUGAAAUGCCAAAAUUGGAUGUCUCCUUGCCCAAAUUAAAACCAUCAGGAGGUGAAAUCAACAUUGAAGGUCCCGAUAUCGAAAGUGGAAAGUUUAACAUGCCCUCUAUAGAUAUCUCUCUACCAAGAGGUGGAGCAGGAGGUGAUGUAGAUGUUGAAGGACAUGGUGGAAAAUUUAAAAUGCCCAAAUUUGAUGUUUCCUUGCCCAAAUUUAAACGAUCUGGGGCUGACGUCAAUGUUGAAGGUCCAGAUAUCGAAGGUGGAAAGUUUCACAUGCCCUCUGUAGAUAUCUCUCUACCAGGAGGUAAAGCUGAAGGAGGUGUAGAUGUCAAAGGACAUAAAGUAAAAGGAGGAAAAUUUGAAAUGCCCAAAUUAGAUGUUUCCUUGCCCAAAUUAAAAACAUCUGGAGGUGAAAUAAACAUUGAAGGUCCUGAUAUCGAAGGUGGAAAGUUUCACAUGCCCUCUGUAGAUAUCUCUUUACCAAAAGGUGGAGCAGGAGGUGAUGUAGGUGUCAAAGCUCGUGGAGAAAAAGGAGGAAAAUUUGAAAUGCCCAAAUUUGAUGUUUCCUUGCCCAAAUUUAAACGAUCUGGAGCUGACGUCAAUGUUGAAGGUCCAGAUAUCGAAGGUGGAAAGUUUCACAUGCCCUCUGUAGAUAUCUCUCAACCAGGAGGUGGAGCUAAAGGAAAUGUAGAUGUCAAAGGGCAUGGAGUAAAAGGAGGACAAUUUGAAAUGCCAAAAUUGGAUGUUUCCUUGCCCAAAUUAAAACCAUCAGGAGGUGAAAUCAACAUUGAAGGUCCCGAUAUCGAAAGUGGAAAGUUUAACAUUCCCUCUGUAGACAUAUCUUUACCAAAAGGAGGAGCAGAAGGUGAUGUAGAUGUCAAAGCUCAUGGAGGAAAAGGAGGAAAAUUUGAAAUGCCCAAAUUGGACGUUUCCUUGCCCAAAUUUAAACCAUCUGGAGCUAAAGUCAAUGUUGAAGGUCCCAACAUCGAAGGUGGAAAGUUUCACAUGCCCUCUAUAGAUAUCUCUCUACCAGGAGGUAGAGCUGAAGGAGGUGUAGAUGUCAAAGGGCUAGGAGGAAAAGGGGGAAAAUUGCCAAAAUUGGAUGUUUCCUUGCCUAAAUUUAAACAAUCACGGGCUGAAGUCAAUGUUGAAGGUGCUAAUAUUGAAGGUGGAUGUUUUCAAAUGCCUUUAAUAGAUAUUUCUCUUCCAAGAGAAGGAGCAGAAGGUGAUGUAGAUGCCAAAGGACAUCCAGGAAAAGGAGGAAAAUUUAAAAUGCCUAAAUUGGACGUUUCUUUGCCUAAAUUUAAAUCACCAGGGGCUGAAAUCAAUGUUGAAAGUCCUGAUAUCAAGGGCGAAAAUUCUCACAUGCCCACUAUUGAUAUCUCUCUCCCAAAAAUUAAAUUAGAAUGUGAAACCGAUGUUGGGCUAGAGAAAGAAGACAUCUCAGUACCUAAAAUAAUCCAUGGUGCCAGAAUGAGUGAUAUAAAUGUCCCUGAGGUAACUUUAGGUGGCAACAUUAAACUACCCACUGUGAAAUUACCAACUGUUGACAUAUCUGCUCCUAAGGUUGAUCUGGACUUUUCUCUUCCAAAGGCAAAGAGCACUGACAGAGAAAAUGUUGAACUUCUAAAGGCAGAGGAUGGAAGGCCGUCAUCUGGAUCAAGUUUUGAUGUUCCAGAGGUCUCUUUAAAAUUGCCCAAGAUUUCCCUCCCAAAAUUUGGCAGAAAAUUAAAAAGUGGAGACAAAUUGGAAUUAGAAAGUCCAGGUUUAUCUAUAGAUUUGGACACGCAACUAACAUCGCCCUCAAUAGAAGCCGAUGGCAAAAUGAAGGAGGACAAAAUCAAAAUGCCAUCAAGUGGAACGGCUAAAAAGGAUAUUGAAAUAAUUGGUCCUAAUGCUGAAAUCAUGAUACAGGGAAGUACUGGGGAAAUUACAAAACCAGAAAUAAAAAUGGAGAGUCCUGAUGACAAGGCCAAAUACAAGCUCAAGUUCCCCAAAUUUAAGACAACCAUUCCAAAACCAAAGCUCAAAGAUGUAGAAAUGGACAUGCCUGCAGUGGAUGGCAAAGGAAAGGUCAAAAUACCAGCAGUUGAGAUAUCACUGCCAACAGCAAAUAUCCCAGAUUGUGAGGUAUUGCUUCCAAAAACUGAAGUUGAUGUGUCUGAAGCAGAUAUCAGAGGUUAUGAGGGCAGUUUAAAAAUCCCUAAGAUGCCAACUAUUGACAUAUCAGUUCCAAAAGUGGAUGUUUCCUUACCUAGAAUAAAACUGCAUGAACCAAUGGACUCAAGCUCGUCUGACCUAAACAUUGAAUGUAGUAAGGGUACAUCACAUUUUCCACAUGUAACAAUCCCAAAAGUAGACCUUUCACUUCCUCAUGGAAAAACAGGCGAUGCAGAUAACCAUGAGGUGGAAAUAAGAAAGAGGGGUAAAUUAAGAAUGCCAGAAGUAGAAAUAUCAUUACCUCAUGGAAAACAUAACACAUCUAACAAUGACAUGGAAAUUAAAGGUGAAAAACUACAAAUUUCAGUGCCCACUGUUGAUCCCGAUUUAGACAUUUCAGUUAAAGAGAGCAGAUUGAAAAUGCCUACGAUAGAUUCAUCGCUACCUCAUGGAAUCAAAAGAGAAAGUCAAGUGCCAUAUUCAGAACAAGAAGGUGCAAAAAUAAAAAUGCCAAUAGUUGAUAUAUCGCUUCCUAAUGUUAAACAUAAAGAUGGAAUAAAACUACCAACAGUAGAGAUCUCAUUACCUCAAGGCCAAGUAGAAGAUACUGAUAUUCCUGAACCUAGAGAGUGUGGAAAAGAAGGGAAAUUCAAAAUACCUAAUAUCGAUAAACCAAAAGUUGAUAUAUCAUUACAAGGACAACAAGAGGCAACAGAAAAAACUGAGGUCAGAAGACAAAGUGGACACAUUCAAUUACCAAAAAUAACAAUGCCUAAAGUGGAUAUAUCAUUACCGCAUCAUUACCCCAAAACAGUUGACCCUGAGGCUUCAGGAUCUGUGGGAGUAGACACUGAUAAAAUCCCCAAAGUACAUAUAGGAAUGUCUAAAGAUGCAGAGUUGUCUGAUGAGGAUAAAACGUUGACAAUGCAAACUACAGAUAUAGAGAUCCCUGGUGCAGACCUAGGGCUGGAUCUUGACUUGUCGAAAAAAGGAAAAAGGAACAAAAAGAAUAAAAAGAAGAAUGAACCGCAAGAUCCAAAGGGGCCAAAAGUUAAAGGGUCUAAAUUUAAUAUCGGAAUGCCAAAAGUAAAGGUAUCUGCAUCAGGAACUGACAUAAACAAGACUGAGAAAGGAGCUGAUGCGAACUUAAAAGCUGAUUUACAAGCACCAAAAAUUCCUGAAAUUGAUUUUGACAUUGGCACAGCCCAAGUUGAAACUAACUUUUCUGAAGGAGACAAAAAGCAGAAAAUCAAAAUUCCAAAGUUUGGGAUACCUCUCCCUUCUUUAACGUCACCUGAAGCCAACAUCACGCCACUUCAGAUAAAAGGUCACUCAAUACCUGUAGACUCUGAAGUAGAAUACGAGGGCCCACGUUUGCCAAAGGUAACGAAAGCAGUCUUUGUCAUGGUGAAUCCACAAACGGAGAGCUCUGCAAGUGCAGCUGGUGAAACAAGUGCCGAAAUCGAAAAAGAAAAGCUCAAGCAGACAAAGAUCACAAUGAAGCAGAGUUUUGGCAAGUCAACAGAAAAGGGGAAAGCAAUACAUUACGGAGAGGAGGUUGAAUUUGAAGGAAAGUCAAAAACUGGAAAGCUUAAGUUGCCCAAAGUCACAUUUUCAUCAGGCCAAAAAGGAUCGUUUGAUGUAACACCAAGUGGGUCUGAUGAUGGAGCAAGUCCAAGUCUAAAUGGCGGCGACAAAGAUGAAAGAGCAAAGUUUGGGAAGCUUAAAUUGCCCAAGUUGGAGUUUUUCUCACCAUAUUCAAAAGACACAGAAGAGGAACUGGAAAUAAGCAUGAGGAAAGAGACCUCAUGGGAACUCAAAGAGACCAAGGAGACAAAGACGACAUCAAGCACAAUGUCUUUCCCAGGUCUUAAGAAGAAACCAGGGAAGGAUGAGGAGGUACAGGAGAUUGGCACUUUAGUGUCCUCAAAAGCACGGACUGAAAUGUUGGCAGAACGGGAGGGAUCAGAGUCGCCAGCACACAUUGAAUCAGCUGGAUUUGUCUCUUUAAAGAAAAGUGAAGAAAGAGAGGAGACGACAUGGUUCAAAGUACCCAAAGUAACCCUCAGUCCCCAUUCUACCGGCAUCCUUCACAUCACUCCAGAAAGCUCUCCGAAAGCAAGCAAGUCCUCUAUUCCUGGCUCUAGUGAGCAAGCCUCUGGAGGUUUCUAUGUGAAGAUGCCAAGCGUUGAAUAUUUGACCCAGGAAAUGUCCUCGGAGCAUACGACAAGCAAAACAGAGGGAACUCGUACUGUAGUGACUAAGAUGACAAAGUAUACAGAAACAAAAACUAGCAGCUCCAAACAAUAAGCAUCUCAGUUACUGAAUAGGUAGGGAAAUAUAUUGGCUCAAAUAUAUUUUUGCAAAAAUGAUUUGUUCUAUUAGGCCAGGGGUGUCCAAACUUGGUCCUGGGGGGCCGGUGUCCUGCAAAGUUUAGUUUCAACCUCAAUUAGACACCUGAAUCAGCUAAUCAAGCUCUUAGUAGGUAUACUAGAAACUCCCAGGCAGGUGUGUUGAAGCAAGUUGGAACUAAACUAUGCAGGACACCCGCCCUCCAGGACCCUGAUUUAGGCAAACACAGCAAAUAUGUAGUUACAAACAGUAUUAUUUAUUUAUUGUAGACCUUAUUUUCAUGUUUUGCCACUCUGUAUGACACUUCGAACUGAUAUAUUUGUAAAGAUCUGUCUCAGAUCACACAUGUACACAUGCAUUACACAUGCCCAGACCCAAAGAUAUUUAAAGACAUUGAAUUUAUUUUGGUUUUUGCGUUUCUUGUGCAAUCCUGGCACCGUAUGCCAUUUAUAUUGAAGAGUUUUAAAGCAUUUUGAAAAUAUUAUAUUGCUUUUUUUUGAUGCCUGGUUUGUUUCUGUGGUUUUUGGGUGUUGUUAUGGAAUUGUGUUUAUUUUAGAUAUUAUUACAAAUAUAUGUACUAUUUUUACAUAUUUAUAUGCACGAUCUGUACAGAAAAGACACACAAAAAAGCUUGUGAUGUUGAGUACUUUUGUGAUGCACAUUUUUGUGACUUUUAAAUACAUUAAAAAAAAUACAACGAUUUCUCCCUUUACAUUUCUUGUGAAAAGCUGUACCAGACAGCAUUUCUAUUCACAGGGAAGGCUCUGAAUUGAAAACUUUGAGUGUGAUUUUUUUUUCUUGUAUUUUAUUUUUUAAACUUAAACCUAUUUGUUGUUUUGGUUGUAGAAGUAGCCUAAACGUCAGCUGUUUUAUAUGUAUAUUUAAGGUUUCAGUACUGAACUGCAUGUUUGUAAUGUGUUGCUUUUCUGAAACCGUCAUUUUGAGGAUGCUUAUCUCUAUCUAAUGCAAAAAUAGAACACUUAAAUAAAACGUUAACAUUAUAA